GUCAACAACGCGGGUAUUGGGCUAUUCGGACGUCUAGAUUGGGGUUCAUUAGAGUCCAUACAAAAUGUGUUUGAAGUCAACGUUUUCGGUGUAUUACGAGUCACCAGAAUAUUCCUGCCAUUAAUUAAACAGUCAAAAGGGCGAGUGGUGACUAUGUCGAGUGCCGCGGCCCGAUUAUCGCAAAUAACUUGUGGCGCCUAUAGUAUGUCGAAAGCAUCGGUACAUAAAUUUUCGGAAAUACUUCGUAAAGAAAUGAUUGCCUCUAAUAGUGGCGUAAAUGUGUCGACAAUAUGUCCCGGAAUUUAUAUGUCAACUAAUUUAACUAAUGCUGCGAUCAGUCAAAUGGAUAGGACGUGGAGUGAAACGGAUCAGUCGAUUAGGGAUAGCUAUGGAGAUGAAUGUUUUGAUAGGAUUAAAAAGAUACUGAUAAAAGGCACUGAAACAACCUUGGUCAACUGGGACCCUAAUGCUGUAAUCAAUGAUAUUGUUGAUGCCAUUAUGAAUACCCGGCCAAAGAGUCUAUAUAUAUCAUUGGAUGGAUUAGCCAUGAAAUUGUGGUUUUAUUGCAGUCUAUAUCUGUUUGAUAUUCUCCGAUCACAUCCCAGUGCCAUAAUGGCAGUCAACUCCGGAUUUAAGUUUACUUUCAGCAGCGAUGCUGUCAAACAGAAAACAUAUGCCAUGUGUCGCAGAAUAACACCCGAGCUGUUGGUCGACCCCAACUACUGGCCACAUGUGGCCGUAUUUUCACGUCUCGAGAUUGCGAGUAUCGAUCAGCUCCUACUGGUGCCCAACAUAACAGCCCCCGAAGUCAAG